CUUUUUCAAACAGUCACGACAUAAGUGCUAUAUAAGAGAGAUAGGUUUACUUGUUUUCCAUCUCUAUUGUUCAACGAUAGACAUUCCCACCUGCAGAUACUAGCGCCGGACGUUCCUUGUUGAAGUUCACCAUGAGGCUGUACCUUUUGAUAGGACUCUUACUGGCCGUUGUAGCCAUGAUGGUCCAGGAGGGAGACAGUUGGCCCAGGAUUCGCAUCAGGCUUCCACGAAUUCGUAUUCGCGUAAGAAGAGUCCUGGGGCGUGUAGUCAACUUUUGCAAGUCCCACCCAAUCACUUGUUACAAAGUGGGGAAAGCGGCAGUAGUCGCCGUUGGUGACGAAAAUAAACUGCAGGUUAUGAUGAAUGAUCAGGACGGGGACGGCAAGAUGACUCUGCAUGAGAUGGAAGAUGAGGAUCUGUUUGAGGAGCUCGACGCGAACGACGACGGAUUCGUUGACCAAAAAGAGCUGGACAAUCUCCAGGAACAUUUUAAUAUGAUAACAGCUCUGACCCAGGGUCAGUCCUCGGAUGAUGACCAGCUGGACGAUGAGCUGGACGAGAAAGAACUCGCUGAACUUAAAGAUCUGCUCAGCAAUCAGCCUUAAAAGAUACUGAAAGGAGAUUCAAGUCUGUCAUUUUAUUAAAUGAGAUUUAUUUCUGUCAUUUGACGUCUUUGGACAUUGAGAUUGCUGUAAACCAGACGCAUUCUGACACUGGAAAUAAAUCAUAUGAUUUCAUC